UAGCCAAUAGCCGAUAAGAAAAUUGAAAAUUCAGAAAUACACACUCCCGAUGAAUUUUCAUGUCCAAUUCCUCUGUCUCUUUCUUGCUCUGCUUGUAUCAAUCUCUAUUUACGUCAUAAAUUUGAGGAUUUGUUGAUUUUUCAGUGUUUUCAGUUCUAAUGUUCUCAACUCUGAACUUUCAAUCAACUGCAAAACAAGUCUUUCCAAAAUAAUCGUGCGAUUUUCUAGCAAAAGAUUUUAUUUUUUGAAUCUUCUUCAAGUAUCAUUUUGGGGUUUUAGGCAUCAAAUACGUUUCGUUUGAAUCAUUGUAUAGGGUUUAAGCUUCCCAUUUAGCUGCAUAUUCUUGAUUCUUUUAAGACUUUUGCAAAUCAAGAAUCAAAGGACCAAAAAAGUUACUUUUUUUUUCCUUAAAAAAAAAAGACGAGUUCAGGGUUUUGUGUUCUGUCAGAUUGCAAUCGUAUAUUCCGAUCGAAGCUUUUUAUCAGUUUGGCUGAAUAACUAAGAAAAAAAAAAUUGUUUGGUGGGUUUUUGAAAUGGAAGGGAAGAGCGCAGUGAGGUUCACUCUUGGAAAGCAAUCAUCUUUAGCACCAGACUGGCACCAGAAGGAUUCAGGUGCGGAGCAGGAAGAGUUGGAAGAGAUCGAUCCAGGUGUGCGGCUAAUGUACUCGGCCAAUGAGGGUAAUUUGGAUGCGAUUCGGGAACUCUUGGAUUCGGGCAUUGAUGUUAAUUUCCGUGACAUCGACAACCGGACUGCGCUUCAUGUUGCUGCUUGCCAAGGCAACGCGGACGUGGUUGCUCUGUUGCUCGAUAAAGGAGCCCAGGUUGACACCAGAGACCGAUGGGGAAGCACGCCUCUUGCUGAUGCUAUCUACUAUAAAAAUCAUGAUGUGAUCAAACUUUUGGAGAAACGUGGUGCGAAGCCUCUGAUGGCUCCCAUGCACGUCAAUCAUGCACGUGAAGUCCCAGAAUAUGAAAUUAAUCCUGCUGAGCUCGAUUUUACUAACAGUAAAGAAAUAACUAAGGGAACUUUUCGUAUAGCAUCGUGGCGAGGAAUCCAAGUAGCUGUUAAAAGGCUUGGGGAGGAUGUGAUUUCUGAUGAGGAGAAAGUGAAAGCAUUCAGAGAUGAGCUUGCUUUGCUUCAGAAGAUACGGCAUCCAAAUGUGGUCCAAUUUUUGGGAGCUGUUACCCAAAGUAGUCCUAUGAUGAUUGUGACAGAAUAUCUACCCAAGGGAGAUCUUUGUGCAUACAUGAAAGGAAAAGGAGCACUAAAAACUGGAACAGCUGUGAGGUUUGCACUUGAUAUUGCAAGGGGAUUGAAUUAUUUACAUGAGAAUAAACCACCAAUAAUUCACCGUGACCUUGAGCCUUCAAAUAUAUUGCGAGAUGAUUCUGGACAUCUCAAAGUUGCAGAUUUUGGAGUUAGUAAGUUGCUUACAGUUAAAGAAGACAAACCUCUAAGUUGUCUAGACACUUCUUGUCGAUACGUGGCACCAGAGGUUUUCAAAAAUGAAGAAUAUGACACCAAAGUUGAUGUUUUUUCGUUUGCUUUAAUUUUGCAAGAGAUGAUUGAAGGCUGUCCACCAUUUUCUGCAAAGCAAGAAGAUGAAGUUCCAAAAUCAUAUGCUGCAAAAGAGCGCCCGCCAUUUAGAGCUCCAACAAAGCACUAUUCCCAUGGACUUAAAGAGUUGAUUCAGGAGUGUUGGAAUGAGAAUCCAGCUAAGCGACCAACUUUCAGGCAAAUAAUAACAAGACUGGAGUCAAUUUAUAACAGUAUUGGUCAUAAGAGGCGUUGGAAGGUUAGACCAUUAAAAUGCUUUCAGAAUCUGGAGGCUAUGUUGAAGAAAGAUCUCAGUCUAAGCGGCCGCAGUCGUUCUUCACGCUCCACCAACCGUGGGUGAGGCAAGAAUUAGCUUAUCUACAUGCAGAGAUUGUCCCUUCCAGUCUGCUAGUAAAAAGGAUUCUUCUUUAGUUCACAUUAUAGUUUUCUUCUGUGUGUAAUUCCACCUAUAAAUUCUUCUGCAUACAUAUUCUCUCACUGAAGUUAUACAUUAGGAAUAAUGUAUAAAAUGUCUUUUGAAUGAAUUUUUAUAAAAUUAUCCGUAAUUUUAUUUUUU